UCGAUCAACGAGCGCUUCAUUCAAAUACAUUUUGGAAUGCGUUACAAAGACAGAAUAUAUGGACAAAAUUACCAUGGAGAAUGGUCACGCUGUGAAAUUUUCAUCAGAUUCUAUAGAUGACCUAGCUUUGAUUGAGAAUGAAACAUUUGACUUUGAUUUGCCUGUUUCACCCCAAGAAUGUCAUGGCAACAAGUUAAUUGAUCUACAAGAAGAGGAUGAGAUGGUAGAUGAUGAGGAUGAGGUGUUCAUUGGUCCAGUUGGGCAUAAAGAAAAGUGUGUGGCAACAAAUACAGAGAUGGCCAUUGCAGAGCAAAAACCCAUGAGUCCACCAACAGCAGAGCAAUAUGCAUCUCUCUUCAAAGAGGCAAUGGCCCUCUCACUUGAGCUGCAGGGCACAUCAUCCAGUAGUGGAUCAUCUUCCUCAAACAGAUCUGACUCAAGUUCCUCUAUAAAAAAGCCUAAUGAAAGGAAAUCUAGUGUUACUCCUGCACUGGACUGCAUCCAAGAGAAUUUGGGAGCUAAAGAAGUAGUCCAGGGCGUCAGAGAGAAGCAUGCAGGAUGUGAAGACGAGGAUGCAAUGUCUGAACUGGAGCGUUUCAAACGUCCAGUUAAAAAGGAUAUUCGUAAUCCCACUAGGCGUGGUACUUACACUGUAGCAUCAAAUCAACCAAGUCCAUACCCUACAGCAGAAACCAUUGAUUGUAUAAAACCUGAACCAAAGGGAGAUCCUCCUAUCAAAGUAUUACAGCCUCGACCUCCUACACAGAGUAUUAUAGCAAGAGGAAGGGGUUCUAUGCUACCUACUAGGGGACUACGCAGACCAAAUCCUGUAUCAACAAGAAAAUGUGAUGACACUGCUUCAAAUAGUGAUCAACCUAAGAAUGGAACAGCAAAUCAUCAAGAGAUUACCAAGAAGAUUCCAAACAGUGGAUUUCAGAAGCCUUUGGUCAAGAAAUUGAUUCUUAAAGCUUCCGGUCUGAAGAAACCAGGUUUCAUGAGUGAAAGCAAUGUCCCUUCAGAAACCAAGACAGCUACCAAACUUCCUACCAAGAAGAUAGGUUUGAUGAAACCCUCUACAAUCAACAGACCAGCUCAUAGGAAUGGAACCACUGGAGCAGUAGCAAACAAGCCUCAACCUAUGAAGGCAACAAUGACAUUUGGGGCUAGUAAUGAGGAUAGUUCUGGGGCUGCCGCUACUGGAACAAGACCUUCUAAAAAGGCCACAUCUCAGGUUGCUAGUACUGGCAAGAGGAAAGUUGCAGCACCUUGUGCAGUGACACCCAGCACACCGGUGUUUCAAGAGAAAAAAGUGAUUCCAAAGAGAUUACUUGCUAGUGGUACAGGAGGGACCACUACACCUGCUAAAGGAGCAGUUACACCAAGAAGAAGUUCAAUUUCAUCUUUACCCAGACCAUCUACUCCUGUUCAACCAAGUACCCCACAUACUAGACACACCAGCAUCUCAGUACCCCCUAGUUCUGUUGGUCCUGCAUCAGCUAGACGUAGAUCUGGUAUCCCUACUCCCAAUAGACGAGCAAGCACUACUACCAGACCAGGGAGUAGGUUGGCAGCACCCUCUGCAAUAUCAAGACCACAAUCAGCCCAAGUGACCCGGAAGGAAUCAUCAAGGUUUUCUCCUCUUCUACUCAGUCCCCUCCAGACUCCACCUGAAUUCAAACUUUCUCCUGAUGGUCCAGAUGAUAUCACCAAACCUUUACAGGUAGAUGAUAUCAUCCCUCAUCCUGAUGCAACAGGUUCUUCACCAGAGUUUACAUCACAAAAGAAUCCCACUCCUGAUAAUGUAUUGAGAACAAGGACUAAUCUACCAGUCAAAGAGUCUAGUCCAGUGACAAAACUUGCAACACCCAAAGACAAACCUUCAGUUGGAAUGCUCAUUGAUUUUGGCAGUGCUACACCAAAAGACAAGGGCAUGAAGACACCAAUGCAACCAGAGCAAACUGCAGUCAAAGAGAACCUAUUAAUUGACCUGUGAUAGACAACAUCAAGAUCAUCUCAUUCCUAUUGACUGGUAACAUUUCUCCCAGAGUACCAUCUGAUUUAUUACCAUGUUCAUAUUGUGCCGACUAAUCAGAAGAUAUGAUACCAGUCUACAGCAAUCAAUCUAAGAUGAUGAAAGUCACAAGAGACUGCUUGUCAGAUAUUGGUAUCAUGUUUCAAAGCAAACAUAAGAAUAUCAAGACAUUGAUAUCACACUGUUUUGAAAAUGAGAAGAGAUAACAUUGCAGACACAAUGGUCUGUAUUCUACUGAUAUCAUGUUAAUACAGUUCAUAAUGUGAUUCAUCUCUUUAGUUAUAUGACAAGUGAAGAAAGAUUCAAGUGUUACACCCAAAUACAAUCAACAUGCCGUUGUUUUGAGUACACUACAAUAUUUUCAAAUUUUUGUUUAUCUUCCUCUUGAAAUAAUCAUGAACGACUUGGUCUUGGAUAUUUUACCAAAUCAUCAAUCAUAUGAACCGAUGCUUUCUCAGAUAUUAUAGUCAGGCAGCAUAUGUCAUCUACUUCGACAAAUUGGCUAAGUCUGAUUUUUCACCUUUAUGUGAUUGGUGACAUCACAAGGAACAACUUUCAACUUGGUGACAUUUCUAAUGGUCAUCUUGACCAUGUGAGGGGUCAAAUUGGGGUUAAUUUUUUAAAUUGCCCCGAUUGUGUCGAGUCAUACAUCAAAUUGUUUGUUUUGUUAUACUGAACAAAAAAGUGUACACAAUCAUAUACUCGUGACCUCCCGUUAAGAAGUUAUGACCGGAAAUGUCAAAAGGUCAGCGAACUUUAAUUAAAUGGCAAAUUACACUAAAGGUGUUAAGAAAGCUAAUUUUUUUUCUUCUUUUUUUUUCUUUUUUUGCAUGUGUGUACUUUUUUACUUUCGAUUUUGAUAAGUUCAUCUUUAGAAGUCCUUAUCCAGAAGAUAUAAAGGGUCAAGACAAGGUCAGGGAAAGGUCAAAAUGUCAACAAACUUUCAUUGGUAGCCAAAAUACAUUAAAAGGGGUUAGAAUCUUAAAAUAGAAGUUGGUUCUUUACUUUGAAAAGUCUCUAUCUAAGAAGACAUUAUAUAUAAAUGGGUCAAAUGUGCUUAUUUAGGAACAAAACAGAUAAACAGGUAGACGUCGAAUACAUUCAGUGUGGUAUCAUGGUAUUGCAGGAAUACCUUGAAACGACUUGAGAAACCCUAAUGCCUUUAAUAUCGUAUCAUCUUCAUGAUAUUUCUGAUUAUGUGCUGUCAUUAACAUGGCUUGUACUAUUUUAUCAAGUGUGUUUUUCCAGAGCAUACAACAUGAAACUAAAUUUAAUACUAGUUCUCACAAUAGUGAUGUGCAUAGAUGCUGAUUUUGUUUUUGUUCGUUUGUCGUUCUUGGUUUAGCAGGGGGGGGAGCUGCCCCCAGAAAUUGUGAAGACUUGCAUUUUUACCGAAAUCUAAAUAUAAUUGACCAAAAGUAUGCACGAAAUCCUUAAAUUUCACUUUACAAAAUGCAAAAGGGCCCCAACAACAAGCUCAGAACAGCACUGCACCAGAAAUGUGUAGUCCUUCUUGGCUCCAGAGAUCGAGUAAUGGUAAGAAUAUAUCACAUCAGCAUAAUGGACACCCAUGACUGACUACAAUGACCAUGCCUGCACGAUUUUGCCUCUUUGUCAGAAAUAAUAUGACCGUCACACAUUAGAAUUAAUUAAGGAGCAAUUGGAGCCCAACUUAUCAUAUCAUCCUCAAUCCUAACCUCAUUUUCUUAUUUUAAUCCAAAUGAAAUGUUAGACAUCUUUCUUAGGAGCUGGGAGCACUGAUCAAUUGAUGUAUUUACUCUGUUUACUACACCUUAUACCCCAAUACAUUACAAUAAUUUCUGUUAAUGAAAAUAUUCUGUACAAGGCAAAUGAAGGAAAUGCUUCUUUACAUAUCAAAGACUAGUAAAUUGAAAAUGAAUUGAACUUCAAUUGAAUUCCUGAAUAAAAAAAAACUCAGAAAGACCUGGUUGCACUUAUCACCUCAUGAAGAUGAUAAGAUUUUAACCCUAUCCAGGCCGGGGGGGGGGGGGGCCUCGGAGGCCCUCCCCUCAACGAUUCCCACAAUAUUUUUUACCGCGCCGCUCGCUGAUUUUUACUUUCAAGUCUUGCGCAAGUUUUGAGACCAGUUUUGCGUCACACGGAUAUGCGGUUCCGAAAUUACGCAACAUUAUGUUAGUGCAUGUCAGACCAAAAACGUGAUUUUGUGUACAAAGUCAAUGCAAAUUGUGUUUUCAACCAAAAAUCAUAAAUGUAUGAUUAUUUUUUGUUUUUCUGGUCCAAAUGUAUUUAUUUUAUGCUGUUUAUGAUCUCAGAAGAGUCCCCAACAAAUUUCAUUGAAAAAAAGAAAGAAAAACAAAAGGUCCAAAAAAACAAAGAAAUACAUAAGAAAUUGCAAAAAACAAUAUUAUACAUAAGAAAUUGAUCUGAUAUCGCAAUUUUUUUUAUGUACACUUGCUAAGAACACCACAAAGAGUUUCUAAACCAAAAAUUAGAACAUUUGGAGUUUUAUUUAGGGAGUAAGAGGGAAAAGUAUGAUUUCGCAUACUAAUUACGCAUAAAUUAGCAUAAUCACUUAAUAGCAAUUUGCAUGAAAUAAAUUACUGAACAAUUUUGUAGAUUAUGUCCCAGACAUCCUGCGUGCCAAUUUUCGGCGCGAUCGCGCUGCCAAAGGCCGAGAUCUCAAGGGGAGCCUGGGAGGCCCCCCCUGGCCAUAUGAACUCCCAAAAUACCCCGGUCUAGAUAGGGUUAAGGGCAUAAGGGUUAGUCAAGUCGUUUCAAGGUAUUCCUGCAAUACCAUGAUACAAACCCUAAUGCAUUCGACGUCUAUCUGUUUAUCUAUUUUGUUCCUAAAUAAGCACAUUUGACCCUUUAUAUAUAAUGUCUUCUUAGAAAGAGACUUAUC